AGAGGGGCAGUGGCAAUUUGAGGUUCAAACAUCCAAAAAUUUCACAUAUUCCAUCCUUUCCCCCAAAUAAAAACAUUAAUUCCCUAAACCCUCACUAUCCAUACCCUAAGAACCUCCAUUUUUGUGCAUAUACCCUACAAAGCCCUACUCCUUAAGGCCCCAAGGCCUCUCUUUCUCCUCUUUUUCCCUUCGUUUCAGGGUAUUUGAUGAACAAGGCAUUGUCAUUAUCCUCCGCCGCCGCCGCCGGCAAGCGAGUUGCGCCGCUCGUCGGCAAUUUCCAGGGGAGUUUCAACAUGGAGCAAUUCUUCCGCCGGAAAGACAAGGUGGUUUUCGUCAUGGGUGCGACCGGAACGGGUAAAUCCCGAUUGGCUAUCGACUUAGCCACUCGUUUUCCGGCGGAAAUUGUCAACGCCGACAAGAUUCAAGUCUACGAAGGGCUUGACGUUGUCACUAACAAAGUCACCGACGAAGAACGCCGUGGAAUUACUCACCAUUUGUUGGGAUCGAUCGAUCCGUAUACAAAUUUCUCCUCCCAUGAUUUUACCCAUCAUGCUUCUGAUGCAAUUGAAUCGAUUUUGGCACGUGAUCGUCUUCCGAUCAUUGCUGGUGGCUCGAAUUCGUACAUUGAAGCUUUGGUUGAUGAUUAUUCCGAGUUUCGAUUUCGAUAUGAUUUCUGUUUUUUGUGGGUCGAUGUGUCGUUGCCGAUUCUUCAUAAUUUCGUCUCUGAUCGUGUUGAUCAGAUGGUCGAUGGCGGAUUUGUCGGAGAAGUGAGGGAGAUUUUUGAUCCGAAAGGAGAUUAUUCUUAUGGGAUUAAACGAGCCAUCGGAGUACCGGAAUUACACGACUAUUUGAAAGCAGAACGUGACGGCGCCGACGAGAGGACUUUGUCGAUUCUUCUUGAAUUGGCAAUCUCGAAGAUCAAGGACAACACUUGUCUAUUGGCUCUUCGACAAUGGCAGAAGAUUCGUCGCCUUCAAAAUAAACGAAAUUGGAAUCUCCAACGCCUCGACGCCACCGGUGCAUUUUUUACCGAAGGUGGAAACUCCCACCCCGUAUGGGAGAAAAACGUCAUCGAACCUAGCUCGAUGAUCGUAGAUAAAUUCCUCCACGAUGAUACCCGCCAUAUCACCACCACCAUCUUCUCACCGGAGCCGGUCCACCGCGCCGCCGCCGUAAGUCGUUAAAGUGAAGAAAAAAACUGCCUGGACCCCACAGAAUCUACACUCCACAUCAACUCGUUGACACAGUUCCCGCGUUCCACGUGGCAGGCUUCUGGUUUUACCUUUAAAAAAAAGAAUUUGUCUUUUCGGUUUUUUGGGUUUUGGUAAUUUUAUACGAAAAAAAAAACACAAAAAAGAAAAGAAAAACAUAUAAAUAUUACAACUUGGGACUGACAAACGUUGCUGUCAGUUCGUUAAGUACUUACAAUUGGCGGCCGUACAGAUAAGCCGUAAUAUAUUUAAAAAAAAAAAAAAAAAAAAAAACAUUUCUGCUGGCUCCUAAAAAGUUUAAAUAAUUAUUUAAAAAAAAAAAUUGGAGAAUUCUGUGUGAUGCGGCUACAUCAGCUUCAAUGCACCUCUCUCGUUGGCCCUCUAUGAUUGGGUGAUUUUGUGACGUGGGACCCACUCACCCCUUCCCCCUUGUGUAUUACAGCCCUGUUUGUAUGGAGUUUUUGGUCUUUUCACUCCUUUUUGUGUAUCUGUUCGAAACUAAUGAGCUGGA